AUGUCCACCAGCGUUUUGUUAGACGGGGAGAGGGGCAUCAGCGAGUUGCUCAAAAAUUGUUUGAAAUGCAUAUUCGACAAGUAUUGCACACCGAAACCAUCUUCUGAAUCUUUGGAUCUACCGAAGGACGCAUACCUUUCCCCCGAGGGACUGGAUCAAUGGGCGAUCAAUGCGAACGGUGAACCUUUCUCCAAAGAGACCAACGAUGAGUUGUUUGAAUGA